UUGCCUGGGGAGCUAUCAACAUGAGCCGAGCUGAGCCUAUUAUACGGCAGAUUCAAUAAACUUCCAUCAUUUUGUGUUUGGCUGUUAAGAAUUAAAGGUGAACAACACAAUUGCGGUGUUUAAAAAAAUAAUAAAGGACAGUUGAAGAAAUUUUUUUUUAUAUCCUUGAAGUUCUAGCCUCUUACUUGCAACGAGAUCUAAAUAAAUUGUUUCUGAAGGAGGCGGUACAAUUAGCACGCAUCGUAUAUCGUGCAAAUUUAAUCGGGUACAAAAUGGAAAAGUACCUGUCUACCGUAGUUGGCUGCUUGCUGUUGUUGAUGGGCCUUGUUAUCGUAGAAGGCUCACCAGUCAAGCAAUCGAACGAAUCCGGUACCAAGCAUUUGGUGGGUGCCAAAGAGUGCACCUGGGGACCGACCUAUUGGUGUGCUAAUCUAAGUAACGCGAAAUCGUGUGGUGCCGUUUCUCACUGCAUCCAAACGGUGUGGGAGACACAACGCUAUCCAGUAGAUAACGAUGAGAUCUGCAACAUUUGUUUGGAUAUGGUGCGUCAAGCGCGCGAUCAGCUCGAAAGCAACGAAACACAGUCUGACCUGAAGGACGUUUUCGAAGGUUCGUGUAACUUAAUACCGGUAAAAGUGGUGAAGAAGGAGUGUCGUAAACUGGCAGAUGACUUUGUUCCGGAACUAGUAGAGGCGCUUGCCUCCCAGAUGAACCCAAAUGUUGUAUGCAGCGUAGCUGGGCUGUGCAAUAAUGCGGCCAUAGAUAAGUUGCUUGCCGAUAUGCUUGCUACCAAAUCGCCGCAAUACAGCGAAAUUGACGAGAAAGUUGACCCGUUCACUUGCCAGCAAUGUAACAACAUAUCCACCAGGAUUGUACGUCGCUUCCGCGCAUCAGAUAGGGAUAACGUACUGGAGAGUUUUUUGCGCUUCUGUGGUCAAAUGUCAUCGUACUCUGAUGCUUGCUCAAGUAUAGUACUAACUUACUUCAGUGAGCUCUACGAACACCUCAACAUACACCUGACACCUGAUGCAAUUUGUCAUCUUAGUGGCGUUUGUGCGACCAACUUCCAUCGCCAUGAAGACGACGUGGAUUCGAUCGAGGUGCGCCCGCUUAGUGGUGUCGGAGUACUUCGGGUGUCGUCUAAAUGCGCUAGCGACGACUGCAACUUAGGAGACGAUGUGCCGUGCAAGUUGUGCGAGCAGUUGGUCAAUCAUUUGCGCGACGUGCUGAUUGCAAAUACAACCGAACUGGAGUUCAAGCAGGUGCUAGAAGGGCUGUGCAAGCAAACUAAAUCAUUCGCCGAAGAAUGCACCAACCUGGUUGACCAAUACUACGCAGAGAUCUACGAAACCUUGGUGCACAAUUUAAACAGCAACGAUGCCUGCUUCAUGAUUGGCGUAUGUCCCAAGAAUGUUCCGUUCGAUAGUGCAUUGAUGCCUUUGUUGCCUCUAUCAGUCGCUAUUCAGCAUGAGUCUGACUCACCCGCUUUACGUCGUCCGAUACUAGGCAUUAACGAGCCGAUUAUGUCACCAAUGGAAAUUCAACAAGCCCAAUUACCGAUUGAUCGAAUUAUGGGUGCCCCAAACGCACUGCAGCUCAAAGAGAAUGGCAAGUUCUGUACGCUUUGCGAGUACUUCAUGCACUUUGUACAAGAAGCGCUGAGUGAACCAGCGAACGAGGAUGAGAUCAAGCAUGUUGUUGGCACGACAUGCGACCGGUUGCCUUCGUCCAUUCGUGGCGAGUGUCACAACUUUAUCGACGUCUAUGGUGAUGCUGUGAUUGCGUUACUGAUACAAUCAAUGGAUCCACGCCAGGUGUGCCCUACACUGAAAUUCUGUCCGGUUCAAGCCAGUAUCGAUGCAGAGGUCUUUGCGCCAGCACAGGUUGAUGUAGAGGUUGAUGUACACGCUGGCAACGGAAAGCCAACUUGUCCGCUUUGUCUAUUUGCUGUUAGCCAGCUUGAAGAAUCGGUAAAAACAGAUCGUUCGAAGCACAACAUCGAAUCCGCCUUGGCUCGCCUCUGCAUGCACCUCUCGCCGAAGCUGCGACUGGAGUGCACCGAUUUCGUGGAUACGUAUACCUCAGAGCUAGUAGAAAUGCUGGCUUCUGAUUUUACACCCCAGGAAAUAUGCGUGUUUCUGAAACUUUGCAUCGACCAGCGACCUGAUCUGAGCCUAUUGAGUCUACAGCUAGAAUAUGAGCAACGGCCGCGCAAGAUGGUAAUGGGUGGCAGCGCGGCAAUCUCAGGCGACAUCGAAACGAAUGAAAUCCCCGACAACACCGUGAACGGCAAGCCAAUGGAAGGCGAGUCUUCUAAAAUUGGGUCGACGCAGUGCUUGGUGUGUCAGGAGAUGGUUAAACAAGUCGAGAAACGAGUGAAGAACAAGAAGAACAGGGAAGAGAUCCAAAAUGCCCUCGAUCAUGUUUGCGAGCGCAUGAAAGAGUAUCGCGAUAGGUGCGAGCAGUACGUCCAAAAGCAUGCCGAUCAGAUUAUUGAUCUUGUACUGAAGCAACUUUCACCCAAAGAGAUCUGCCAUGUUCUCGGGUUUUGCAUCACGAAAGCAUCAUUCGAAGAACGGGUUGGCGAGGCGCUGUUAGACUACAUCAUUGAGCCGGCUAUUGUAGAACCGCCGAUGGAGGUCCUCAGCACACCGUUCCUGGUCCGUAGCGAUGGAAGUGUGCACGGGUCUGAGCCACCGCAAUGUGCCCUUUGUGAGUUCGUCAUGGUUAAGCUAGAAUCGGAACUGGCAGACAAGAAGACACGCGAAACCAUCAAGAAUGCGGUUCGUAAUGUUUGCAGCAAAUUACCGGCCACGAUCGACAAACAGUGCAGUAAGUUCAUCGACCAAUACGGCGAAGUUAUCAUCAAGUUCCUGGAAACUCUGCCACCGCAUCAAAUGUGUACUAAGCUUGAACUAUGUGAACCGCAGGAAAUGCAUCAGGUUGCUUUAUUAGAGCAGGCGAAAAAAGAAACAAUGGAAUGUGCAGUCUGCCAAGGUGCAGUCAAGGGACUCGAUGAGCUUUUAACUGAGAUCCAAAUCGAAGAACAGGUCAGCAAGUACGCCAAUCGUAUCUGCAAAGAGUUACCUGCUAAAAAUUACGCCCAAUGCGAUCGUCUACUCUCGAUAUACGGUAUCAGCAUGAUGAAGCAGCUUAAGCAUUCGAUAGAACGCGAACAGGUUUGUGUGAAUAUGGAUAUGUGCAGUAGCAUGCAGCCUACAAUUAAUGCUGGAUCGAUGCCAGAGUUUGCAUCGGAAGACGAAAAUGACGAUGAAGAUCUCGAGGUUGCGACGGGAGAUUCGGAUUCCGACGACGUAAUUUCGAAUAAUGUACCGAAAAAGAAUGCCAUUCUGCUUGGUCAGAACCAGUGCAGCUGGGGACCCGCAUAUUGGUGUAAGGAUGAACAGACUGCUAAAGAGUGCAAGUCCACUGAAUAUUGCAUGAAGCGUAAACUUGGCCUUUGGAAGCAAUAAAUGCUAGAGGAGUUUGUGAGUAGCAGCUAGAACACAACAAAGCUCGUUCGUGAAUGAGUCUACUGUGUUCAGGCAUUCUUGCGGUGCGUUCAUAGGCAAACAACGGAAAAAACAAAAUGAAAAUUAAUGUGAAAGUUCUUCAAAAUAGAACAGAAAAAAAGUGAAUUUGUAACUAAAUGAUACCAAGAGGUGCUUUUUAGUAUAUAAUAUAAAAAAUCAAUCAUACGUGCUUUAUCAUCUAACAGUUUCAGGAGAACAAAAUAUGUGAGCGUUGAAAGCAAAAAUAACUUUCCUAGGAACAAGCAAGAAGCAUAACGCAUAUAUAACGGAAGAAACUGAAGGAUUUCAUGUAAUCUCUUUGUGAAGAAUUUAGGUUGUUUACAACUUUUAUAGCUACUGAAAUGGAUAAAACUAACGAUGGAAGAGUAAAAAUGGGUGUUGUGACUAACCGUUUGCCAGACGUUUUAUAAAUUGCUUCCGUUAUGAAAAAAGAAGGAUAACUCCCGGUUACCUUAAAUAAGAUUGAUAGAAUUCUCUGAUCUUUAUUGAUAUUUUUAGAAAAAAAAAAAUGAAACCCCAACAUUAUUUGCUAAUAAAACCGGAAGAUGAUGUGGCACAAUUUCGAUAUGAAAA